CUUAUUAAAAAAAAAAUUAAUUAACCGAAAACUUAAAAACGCAAUUUUGGUUGUUGAAGCUCUCAGCUUUCAAUUGAACUAAGCGGUCACCAACCCAUGUAGUCUUCACAAUCAGUGAACUUCGCUUAAACGAACUUCGGCUUACAUCUUUACCCUACAAAUUAAAGUCAAUCUAUAACAACGCCUCAUUGACUUUCAACGCGUCCAUGCUUACAUACCAUACAUACAAGAAAAUAUUAAAAUCACUUGAAUGAGUAAAGAACUUGCGAAGCUUUUAAUAGCCAACAACAAGGCAUACAUUAUUGAAGCGUAAAAGCAUUAAAACUCAACUGACAGCUGUCAGCUGUCCAUCGGCAGCAAAUCAGUCAAGCGCAAAACCCUUAACGAAAUUCAAUACCACAAAAAUGUGGUGGCAACGGCCAACAACGACGACGGCGACGAAUCGCAUGACAUUGAUCAUCUUCAGCAGCGCAUUUUUGUUAUUCAAUUGCAUGGAAAUAGCAGGUGGGGCACCGGUGCGCAUGACAGCUGAGGGCGGUGAAACGAUUGAGCGCGACAAAGCAGAAGCGUUGACGACAAUUUGGCCUGCCAGCAGUACAGUGACGCGCGUGAUGAGUACUGCGGAAAAAGACAACAUAAGUACUGUAACGCCGAGUCAGCAGUCGAGCGCGCAGCAAAUGUCAACCGAUAGGCGCACUGUAACGCCACGAAAUAUACGUAAUACCACGCACACGUCAGCGGCAUACAAUGCAACCCACGUGCAUGCAGCACUGACCGGUCAGCAUACGCCACGCAGACUCACUUUUUAUGAACACUGUUUGGGGAAUCGCAAUUCAUUCCCCGAUCUGACCACAUUCAUACUCUAUUCGCUCGUUUGCGUUGUCGGCAUCUUUGGUAAUACGCUCGUCAUUUACGUCGUGUUGCGUUUUUCAAAGAUGCAGACUGUGACGAAUAUUUAUUUACUCAAUUUGGCGAUCGCCGACGAAUGCUUUCUGAUCGGCAUACCAUUUUUAUUGUAUACCAUGCGUAUUUGUGGUUGGCGCUUCGGCGAAUACAUGUGUAAAGCUUAUAUGGUUAGCACUUCGAUUACGCAAUUCACCUCAUCUAUUUUUCUAUUGAUCAUGUCUGCUGAUCGCUACCUUGCAGUUUGUCAUCCGAUCACCUCGACGAAAUACCGCACGCAACGCAUCGCUAAGAUUGUAUCGGCUAUAGCAUGGCUCACUUCGGCUGCGCUUAUGCUGCCGGUCAUACUGUAUGCGAGCACUGUUAGCCAAGAUGAUGGCGUGAAUCUCACUUGUAAUAUAAAAUGGCCUGAAACGUAUAAAAGGCAUUCGGCGACUACGUUCACGCUGUACAUAUUCUUUCUCGGCUUCGGCACGCCACUCAGCUUCAUCUUAUGUUUCUACUGUUUGGUCAUACGUAAGCUGCAUGCAGUUGGCUCAAAGCACAAGUCGAAAGAGAAGAAACGUUCGCACCGCAAAGUGACGCGCCUUGUGCUCACCGUCAUCACUGUUUACGUAUGCUGUUGGCUGCCAUAUUGGAUAUCACAGCUGGCGCUUAUCAACUCUAAUCCCAUGGAAAGUCCACUCUCACGACUUGAAAUACUCAUUUUCCUACUGCUCUGCUGUCUGGUUUACUCCAACUCUGCUGUAAAUCCGAUACUCUAUGCUUUUCUUAGUGACAACUUUCGCAAGAGCUUUUAUAAAGCUUUCACUUGUAUGACUAAGCAUGAAGUGAACGCUCAACUGCAGGCAGAGCCAAGUUUGUUGGCGAAACAAAGCAACAGCAAACAUCGGCAGAAGCGUCUGCUCAGCACUAACGAAAAUGAGCCACAUUUUAUAGCAACAACAAGCGCAAAUAACAGUUCCUCGGUUACAACUUCUUCAACAACCAUAGCGCCAGCGGGUGAGAAGGCGCCAGCCAUGCUACUGGCAACUGCAACUGCGUCGACAGAUGUCACCGCUGGCAGCGCUACUAUGACGCUGCAACCAAAUGGACGCACAACGGUGCGCGCGGCGACACUUGAGGGUGAAGAGAUGAUACUAGUGCUUGAUCAUGAGCGUCCGAUGUGCGCGCUGAUGGAGCGCGAUGAUGUGAUCAGCAAGGUGCUGCAAACGGAUUUGUAGACAGCGGUUUUAUGCAUAUACUUUUAGGCGUUUUACACAAAACAUAAAAAUUACUAAUCAUAUGAUUGAUCGUUACUAAAGUUUAAUGUUGAAAUAACUGUCAAAAUAUUGUUGUAUUGUUUAAGAUUUUUUACCUUUAAACAAAAACAGCACGUAUAUUUUCAAAAGUCAGUACUUUGGCACACAUUCAAUUAAUUUUUGCUCAAAUGUAUGCUUCAAAAUAUAAACUAGGUACUUAGUUUCAGCCAUUAGACUCGGUGGAAUUUUCGUGAAACAUAUUUGUGGUACAAAAUUAUAUUGUUCUACUGCCGGCAUGAGAUUAUAAAUAAUGUAUUAAUUAUAAAAAAUCAUAAAAAAUAUAGUUUUGUAUACCAAUAACUUUUCCUAAUAAAGUUACAAACAACCAAUAUUAAUCCAUACAGGAUGUAAAGCAAAUUACUAAAAAUUUAUAUAACUCUAAAACAAAUUUCAUUGAUAUAAAAU